AUGUCUAUGAAAAAUAAUGUAGAAAGUAUAACCAUAUUUCCCAAUAAAUCUCUUCAAAAAUAUACAGAAAUGAUUCUCAAACAGAUUGAAACUAUUGAAAAAAAAACUUUUCCAAAAAACGAAAUCAUGUCUAUCAAGGAAGAAGUUUCAAAGAAAACCAAUACAUUAAGGCUUGGAUUAGGAGAAAAGUUAUUAAAGAGCGCAUUGGAAAAGAUGAAUGUACCCAAGAGAAGUAAAGCUGAUUUACAUGUUGACAUUGAAAGGGAGUCUGCGAUUAAUUUAUACAAAAAAGUUGGUUUUAAAGUGAUUAAAAGAGUUGUAAAUUAUUAUGAAUUUGGAAGGGAUGCCUGGUUAAUGGAAUUUCGUGAAGGCGAAGAAUUAUGA